AGUGCUACAAAUGAAGUCAUUCAUAAGAUUUAGCGACAUAACUGCGUAUUCCUAACAUAAUAGUGUAAUUUUUAUUACUAAAUCGUAGUUAGAACCAUGAAGUUUUUACAUUGACACGAUUAUACAUUGUGUUAUCGCAAAAUAUGCUGAUUUGGAAUGCACCGUUUAUAAACAUAGUAAAUUACAAGGUUUCGAACUAGAAUAUACAUUCAUCAUUGGCAGUUACUAGCCUGAAAGUGAAUCGGUUAAUUGUUACUAUAGAUAAAAGUAGGCAACUAUGGACCUUUUGCAAGGAGUGCAGGAUGGAUUGCAAGAGAAUGGUGGCGAUCGAGCCGAGGUACCAGCUGGUGAGAGUGAUGCAGCCAAUUUGGAAAAACUUCUGAAGAUCGUUAAGAAGUUGAAUCUGAGUGUGGAAAAUGAAGAGCAAUUGAAGGGGGUAUUGAAGAAAAAAGCUGAUAUGGGUAUGCUUGGAGGGUUUAUGCCAGAGUCUCUCCAAAAUAUUGGAAGUGCUGAAGAAAAUUCUGUACCGGAGGAUGGGGCUAUUAUGUUUCUAUAUCUUAUAGUUUUAGUGUCACUUGUAUUUUUAGUGUUGGCUUUCUUUGGAUACAAACUAUACAGGUCACAUGCAGACAGAGAACGUAAAAGAGAAGAAAAAAGAAGAGUGAAACAGCAAAAGAAAAAGAAAUAGUCUAUAGGUGGUACUAAUUACUAAAGUUUUUAUAAUUUCGCGAUAUCAGAUAAAUGAUUAUCAGUAGGACAAAUUUGUGAAAUGUGAGAAUGUUUAGAAAAAGUUGAGGCUGUAUUGUUGGUAAAAUAGAUCAAUUAUUUAUUGAAA